CUUGUUUUUCCUCGGCAUUUCAUUCGCUUAACCUAUAACAGUGUAAUCGUACAUUACACUGCAAUAUAUUAUUUAUACUGAUACUACGUGCAGGUUCGCUUGGCUUUGAAAUUGUACUUACACGUGCGCGUAGAUUUUUUUUUGGAGUUUUUCCAUUCUUAAAAGCGAUUGUUUGAAAGUGCAGCACACACCGGACGAAGAUAGAUCCAGCCGCUGCGCGGAUAUAGCUGCUACGAGUCGAAGGACGUUCGAUAGCUUAAAAUUGUGAACACGUCCAAAAUGUCCAAACAACCGUGUCCCAUUGUAAUCGGGCCAAUCGAUGCCAAUUCAAUUUAUGCCACCAACAACAAAAGGAAGAAAUUGAGUUUGUCGAAGGAACUGUUAAGAGAAAUCACGCAAUUUAAACAUAAUAAGCUCAUCACAAAAAAGGAAAAUUACGAAAUCAACGGCGACAACGACGCCGCCGCCGCCGCCCUAACGGUCUUUCGACGGCUUCGGGACGACGCGGUGGCCCGCGGCGGCGACGCUUGUCGGUCGCGAACUGACGAUCUGCUGACGCUGUGGCGGGCCGUCCGGUCCGUGUCCGAGUUCAACCGGACGCUGGAGACGACGGUGCGCGCGCUCGAAGAACAGACGGAAACGCUGCAGGCCAGCCUGCGCGACGCGGCGGCCGCGUGCGCGGCGCUGGACGCGGACCAGUCGGUGAAGAAGAGCCGGUCGGUCGUGCUGGACGACUUCUGCGCGGUCGCCGAACAGAUAACAGCCCAGCAGAUUAGGAACUUGGAGUUCGGCCGCAUGUUGGCCGUCGACGAACGGCAAAUCGGCGAGGAACUGCACAAGGUCGAGCAGCUGAAGGCCAAGAUUUCCAAGAAAAAAGAGAAAAAACAAAGACUUCUCGAGCAAACAAACAGUGUGAAAAGUCAGUUGGAAGUAUACAAAAAUCGCUACGAAGACUUAAAGAGGAAAAGAACUCUUCUUGACGAAAAUCUAAACGCGAUGAAACGUUCGCCUAGCAAAUUAGCGAAUCAAUUUGAGCAACAAGGUUUUGGACAAAGAGUGAAACAUUUGGAACUACUCAAAAACCAAUACAACCAACUAACUAAUAAAAGAGAAGCAUUAAAAUUGAAAAUUCAAAGUCAACAACAGGUGGUCAAGACACCUCGUCGAAUAAAUACAAUUUGCGAUCCCUAGUCACAUUAUUUAUACAGUUUGUUUGAUUAAUGUAUUGAUUUUAACAAAUAUUUUUGUACAUUUAGGUGUCUUCAAAGCUUUAUUUUCUACUAAACCAGGCUAAAAGUUUAAUAAGAAUUUUUAUACUUAAACUUAAUAUAAUUUUACCUUUUAUUUUUUAUUUAGA